AUCCAGAUGUACCAGCUGUCACGGCUCCUCCAUGAUUACCACAGAGACCUCUACAAUCACCUGGAAGAGCACGAAAUUGGCCCCAGCCUCUACGCAGCUCCCUGGUUUCUCACGGUGUUCGCCUCACAGUUCCCACUCGGCUUUGUAGCCAGGGUCUUUGAUAUGAUCUUCCUUCAGGGAUCAGAGGUCAUAUUUAAAGUGGCUUUAAGUCUUUUGGGAAGCCAUAAGCCCUUGAUUCUGCAGCAGGAGAACCUGGAAACCAUAGUGGACUUCAUAAAGAACACACUACCCAACCUGGGCUUGGUGCAGAUGGAGAAGACCAUCAACCAGGUGUUUGAGAUGGACAUCACCAAACAGCUACAAGCCUACGAGGUUGAGUACCAUGUGCUCCAAGAAGAACUUAUCGAUUCCUCUCAUCUCAGUGACAACCAAAGAAUGGAUAAAUUGGAGAAAACCAACAGCAGCUUACGCAAACAGAACCUUGAUCUCCUGGAACAAUUGCAGGUGGCAAAUGCUAAGAUCCAAAGCCUUGAAGCCACGGUGGAGAGGCUUCUAACCAGCGAGAGCAAGAUGAAGCAGGCUGCACUGACCCUGGAGCUGGAACGCUCCGCCCUGCUGCAGAUGGUGGAGGACCUUCGAAGGCAAAGUGCCCAGCCCAGCACUCAGGAGCCGGAUUGUACCCAGCCCGAAUCUACCGGUGACUGACAGCUUCCAGGAGAGAGUGCACACCUCUAACACUGUCCAGGCCUUAAUCAGGAGAGACGGGAGCUGGAGGCAGAGAAGAGAGGACUCCUCAGGGAGGAAUUGGCUCGCCAGCCCGCAGAUGCUUUCGAGCUCAGACUUGGAGUUGGGAGGGCAAAAGUCCCAGAGUUUUUGUUUUCAGUUCUAUUUCAUCCCCCUUUCAGUCCUGGUUUUUGUAGCUUUAGACAGCAUGGACAUGCAUAAAUGUACCUUUCUGUUUCCUCCUUCAGAGGCACAUUGUUUGAGAAGAGCAUUCAUGACACCAGUGUUUCAGAACCAAGAAGGGCUUGAAAUAAUUCCUCAGGCAAAAGUGUGAUCUUUGUCAGUCUGUAAGGAAAGGUUGCUGAGACCAUGCCCCUUGGUGUCACCUGAGGUGACCAUGGGGAACGACUGAGAGGGGUUUAUUUAAAUUGGAUGCAUUGAUCGUUACUGACUCCACUAUCACUCCCACUGGUACUGAAGAAACUCGUCUUUUACACAGUGUUUUAAUGUUUUUUGCUCAUCCUUUCAAGUCAUGGUAGAUAAAUGUUUCAUAAGGAAAUCACAGUUUUUAGACUCCCUGUUCUUGCUAGUGUGUGACUGCAGCUAUGGGGUCUGAAAUAUUUAUUUGCGAGUUUCAUAUCCACACUAUAGGGUCACUUAUUUAUUUUUGCCUAUUGAAUGAUGUUCACAGCCAUGUCUUCCUUUGAGUCUUGACCCCUUGGAGGUAACGGUGGGGGGGGGGGCUCCUUUCCACAUUGUAUUUUAUUAUUUGAAUGUUUGAAAAUGUUGAAUUUUGGACUUGUUACUACUGUUCAAAAACAUUGAAUCUACAGUAAGAAACAAGAAAGCAAUAAACCAGAUUAUUCACA